AUGUUUCAUACUCAUUGUUGGUUAAUCAGGCCCACAAUGGAACAGGCAAUUGAUGAGGAAUGGAGUCCAACAUAUCCAGAGGAAAUAUUUUUAUCUAACAAGGCAAUAUGGUGGUCUUUGGAUGGUACAAAAUUAUGUUAUGCCACAUUUAAUGACACAGAAGUUGAUAUUACAUCAUAUUCAUGGUAUGGUUCCCAUAAAGAUGUAAAUAUAUAUCCAGAAAUUGUCCAAAUACGAUAUCCAAAGCCAAAUCGAAAAAUUCCAACCAUCAAAUUGCUUGUUGUUGAUCUUACUCCUGGUAAAUUUGUACCUCAGACUAUUCAUCCACCACGAGAAUAUGCUGACAAAGAUUAUUAUGUAACUUCAGUACAGUGGAUUGAUUCUAAUCAGCUAGCAAUUGUUUGGUUGCAGAGACUUCAAAAUUCAUCAAUUAUUAGUAUCUGCUAUGGUGAUAAAGGAUGGAAAUGUGAAAAAAAUUAUCAAGUUAACAGUGACAAGAAUGGUUGGGUUGAAAUGAAUAAUCCUCUUAUUUUUUCUUCAAAUAAACAAAAUUAUUUCAUUUAUCUUCCCAAGUCAGAAGGGUUUUCUGGAAAUUUUAGACAUGUUGCUAUGAUUAAUGUAAAGAACAGUAGUGUGCAAUUUUUGACAAGCGGAAAAUAUGAUGUUGUGCAACUUCUUUCUUAUUAUAAAGCAAACCAAGCUAUAUACUUUAUCAGCACUUUAGAAGAAAAAUCAGGUGAACAACAUCUAUUUGCAGCCAGUUCUCAUAAGAACAUCACAUGUUUGUCAUGUAAUUUGGGGAAAUCUUGUCUUUUUAAUAAUGCUAGAUUCAGCCCGAGUGCUAAAUAUUUUAUUCUUGAGUGCCUUGGUCCUGAUAUACCACAAAUAGAAAUGAGAAGAACCAUUGACAAUAAGCUUUUGUAUGUCAUUAACGAUAACAAAGCUCUGCGUGAGCUAGUUGAUAAAAGAACUUUACCAAAAAUUCGUUCCUUCAAAGUACCAUUGCAUAAUGGAUAUAAAGCAAAUGUACGUUUAUUUCUGCCUGCAAUUUUGAGAGAUGAUGAAAUCACAAAAUAUCCAAUGGUAGUAAACGUAGAUGGAUCACCAGGAAGCCAAUUAGUAAAUGAAAAAUUUAGUAUUCAUUGGGGAACGUAUUUAGCUAGCAAGAAAAAUUAUAUUUAUGCUUGGAUUGAUGGACGAGGAAGUGGAAAUAGAGGAGAAAAAAUUCUACAUGAAAUUUAUCGUAGAUUAGGUACUGUUGAAGUAGAAGAUCAGGUAUCUGUUACUAGAUAUAUGAAGAGUGCCUUACCAUUUAUUGAUGAAAAGAGAGUUGCCAUAUGGGGAUGGGCUUAUGGUGGAUAUGCUUCAGCAAUGGCAUUAGCUUCUGAUGAUGGAGCAUUCUCUUGUGGCAUUUCUGUUGCACCUAUUACCAGCUGGCUUUAUUAUGAUUCAGUUUAUUCUGAAAGAUACAUGCAGUUUCCUGAUCCAUCUGAUAAUUUUAUUGGUUAUGGUAAAGCUGAUUUAAUGAAAAGAGCUGCUAAUAUGAGAAGGAAGAAGUAUUUACUUGUUCAUGGCACUGCAGAUGAUAGUGUCCACAUUCAGCAAUCAAUGUUAUUGAUUAAAGCACUUACAGAUGCAGGUGUUAUUUUCAGAACUCAGAUAUAUCCAGAUGAGAAACACAGUUUACAUAAAGUAAUAUUUCACUUAUAUUGGACUAUGGAAGAUUUUUUGGAGCAGUGCUUUUCUUCAGAUCAACAAGAACUUGAAAUUGGUUUACAGAAAACCAAUGCAGUCAAAAGUAAUAAAAGAUAGCCAAAAAGUGAAGAUAAUCUUGUAAAUAUUAGUUAAUGCUGAAUAGUAGAUAACUUGUUGACUACGAUCAAUUUCUACAAAGUAAGAAAGACAUUCUUAUGUUUAAUGCAUUGAAUUAUUUCAUUACAAACCAAAUUAAUUCCUGCAAACAUUACUAACAAAUUUAUAAAUGUAACCAUAUCAACUAUAUUAGUGAUAACCUGUAAGAUACGACCAUUAUUCCAUGCCGGAGACAUACAUAUAUCUUAAUUUUUGAUACGAUUCGAUUAUUUAUACCGAAUUGUAAGAUAAUUUUUUGGUUAGAUUUAUGUAGAAUGAGUUCUUAAGAAAAAAAAAAACAUUUAGUGAUCAAUCUGUGAUAUAUAAAUCAAUCCUGUGAUUUAAAAAAACAAAAAAAACUUAAAAAAAAAUAGGGUUUAAGUUUUAGAUAAUUAAUAAUAGUUCCUUGAUAGUUUAGAAUUUUAUUAAAUAUUUUUACUUAAUAGAUUAUUUAAGAAUUGUUUUAUACAAUAUACUUUACACAACGCUUAAUAGUGAUGUGUUGUAAAUAUCUUGUGAACUUGUAUGGUGCAUAUCAUGUAAUUAUAUCUUCUAUGGGAUCAUAAACAUUUUCAACAUCAAUCAAGACGAUUUUAAGUUAUAAUAUCUAACUUAAAAAGUCAAAAAUUUAAAAAUUACAGAGAAUAUAAAAUAUAUAUGUAUGUAUAUAUAUAACUUUUUAACUAUGUUAAUCAUAAAUUAUAUUUUUUAAAAAUAUCAAUAACAAUCUAACAGAACACAAUGCUUCAAAAUUGCAAUGUUUUUUGUUGACUGGCAAACUGCAGUAUUAUGUUAUAAAGAGAAAAAAUAUUUAAAUGAAAGACUAUUUUUAUUGAAUUUAUUGUCAUUUACAAAGUAGUAUUUUAGUGAAAAAUAAAUAAUAAUAUGUUGCUUAGACCAAAAGUAUUUGUUGGCUUUUCUGAUUAUAAAAAUGUCUGUUAGUCUGGAAAAGUGUUUCAAAUAAAAUUUUUUAAUACCAAUGUUUAAUUAAGUUGUAAUUUCUGUUGGUGUAUAACUGUCCUGAAGUAAGAAAAAUUUGCAUUUUUCAGAUUACCAUUCAGUUAUUAUGAACAGACUGAUGGACAACAGAAAAGUAAAAGUAUUAGUCCCAACUUAGAAUUGAGGGAUUCUAAUUCUAAUUUGGGUCAAAUCUUAAGAAAUUUUUAUGAGUGAUUUGAUCCAGUUAUGUUAGGAUCCUAUCUCUCAUCACUCAGCUGCCUCAUUGUAGGAUUGAUGUGACAUAGUUUAACUUAAAAUGGUCUUUGCACCAAAUAAACCCUAUUAACCAAUCAAGCCAUUGUGGAGUUAAAACAACACAUCUCCUAAAAGAGUUAAAGAAACUAUUGAAACAAAAUUACCAUGAAUAAACUAUCAAAAAAUAAUUUAUAUAUUACCAAAAUAUUUUAUUCAUUACGUAUAUAAGUGGAUUUUUAAUUAAAUUUAAAGCAUACGAUUUUGUUUUUCUUCUAUCAAAUUAUUAAAUCUGAAUUCCCUCAUUUAGGAAUUUACAUUAGUUUCUACAGAGGAUGUAAUUAAUUAUUGCAGUGCAUUUUAGAACCACAAUACAAUUUUUAAAAUAACAACUAGCACAGGUAACUUUCAAGACCCACUUAACUUAUUAUUACCAUUAUUUUAUUACCAAAUUAACUUAUUAUUACCAAAUUAUUUUAUUACUGCUGUUUUUUGAAAUUUAUUAUUGAUUAUAAUUGAAUGUAAAACUGACUGACUUUUUAUAAUGAUGUGUUCAAAAAGUGACUUGCUACCCACAGUUUGGAAAUCUAAUCAUUAUUGUAUAUAUAACUUAGUGGAUUAAUCAUCAUUCCUAAAAUAUAUUUAUGAAUUUUAC